AUGGCUUCGGGCAAGGCGGCGGGGGAGCGGCGCUGGGAGCUGGUGCGCUGGUAUGUGCGAGAAGGCCGGUUUCGGAUCGAGGAGAGGACACUGACAGCUUUCCAGUGGCUGUACUCGCCCCACCAGCACCGCAUCGUCAGCCGGGCGGACCUGGGCUCACCCAGCAGGAUCGACAAGACGAUGCUCGCCAGCCUGAAGAUCAAGAAACAGGAGCUGCUGAACAGCACGGAUGUGACUGUCCCAGAGCGGCCGCUGUCCCCCCCCCUCACCGCCCCACCGACCAUGAAGUCUGCAGAAUUCUUCGAAAUGCUGGAAAAAAUGCAGGCACCAAAACUUGAAGAACAGAGGACUGGAAGCCAAAAACAUAAGGAAGACUACAUCCCAUACCCCAGCAUUGAUGAGAUCCUAGAGAAGGGCAGCCCAUACCCGCUGAUCAUCCUGCCUCAGUUUGGGGGAUACUGGAUCGAAGACCCGGAAAACCUCGGCACACCCACCUCGUCCGACAGCAGCAUCGGCGAGGAGGAGGAGGAGAACCUCAGCCCCAGCACCUACGGCUACAAGCUGGAGUGCAAAGGAGAGGCCAGAGCCUACAGGAAGCAUUUCCUGGGGAAGGAUCAUUUAAAUUUUUAUUGUACAGCCAGCAGCCUCGGAAAUCUGAUCCUUUCUAUUAAGUGUGAGGAGGCAGAUGGCACAGAAUAUUUAAGGAUUAUACUCAGGUCGAAAGUGAAGACAUUGCAUGAAAGGAUCCCCCUGGCAGGAUUUAGCAAGCUCCCCAGUAUCCCCCAGAUUGCAAAGGCCUUCUGCGACGACGCCUCUGGGCUGAAGUUCAACCCGGUUCUGUACCCCAAGGCAUCCCAGAUGAUAGUGUCUUACGAUGAACAUGAGGUCAACAACACGUUCAAGUUUGGUGUGAUCUAUCAGAAGUUCAGGCAGACCCAAGAGGAGGAGUUGUUCGGCAAUAAUGAAGAGAGCCCUGCCUUCAAGAACUUCUUAAGUUUUCUGGGAGACACCAUAACACUCCAGGACUUCAAAGGUUUUCGAGGAGGUCUGGAUGUCAGCCACGGGCAAACGGGAGCAGAGUCUGUGUACACGGUGUUCAGGGACAGGGAGAUAAUGUUUCACGUCUCUACAAAGCUGCCUUUUACUGAAGGAGACACACAACAACUCCAGAGGAAGAGGCACAUUGGCAAUGACAUUGUGGCAAUUAUCUUCCAAGAAGAGAACACGCCGUUUGUCCCAGACAUGAUCGCCUCCAACUUCUUGCACGCCUACAUUGUUGUGCAGGUGGAAAACCCCGAGGCAGAUAACACGGCAUACAAGGUGUCCAUCACGGCCCGGGAAGAUGUCCCCUCCUUCGGCCCACCCCUGCCGAGCCCACCAGUAUUCCAGAAAAGCCCCGAGUUCCGGGAGUUCCUGCUCACCAAGCUCAUCAAUGCCGAGAACGCCUGCUGCAAGUCUGACAAGUUUGCGAAGCUGGAGGACCGGACGCGGGCUGCCUUGUUGGACAACCUUCAUGACGAGCUCCACGGGCACACGCAGACCAUGCUGGGGCUGGGGCCCGAGGAGGACAAGCUGGAGAAUGGGGGCCAUGGGGGCUUUCUGGAGUCUUUCAAGAGAGCCAUCCGGGUGCGCAGCCACUCCAUGGAGACGAUGGUGGGCAGCCAGAAGAAGCAGCACGGCGGCGGCAUCCCGGGCAGCCUCAGUGGGGGCAUCGCGCACAACAGCGGCGAGGUGACCAAGACCACCUUCUCGCCCCCUGUAGCAGCAGUGGCUGCCAAGAACCAGUCCAGGAGUCCCAUCAAGCGCCGUUCGGGGCUGUUCCCUCGCCUGCACACAGGGUCUGAGAGCCAGGCGGAGAGCAGGACAAGGUGUGACAGUGUUUCUGGAGCCCAGAAGACACCAGAUUUGGGACAUUCUUCUCAAGAGAUGAAAUCUGAAACCUCGUCCAACCCCAGCUCUCCUGAAAUAUGCCCCAACAAAGACAGGCCGUUUAUUAAGCUGAAAGAGAAUGGGAGGUCAAACAUCUCCCGUUCCUCCUCGAGCACCAGCAGCUUCAGCAGCACGGCGGGGGAGAGCGAGACCCUGGAGGAGUACGACAGCGUGGGAAGCCAGCCAUCUACGGCCUCGCCGUUCAAGCAGGACGUGUUUGUCUACAGUGCCUCGCCCGGCAGCGAGAGCCCGAGUGUGGGGGCCGCGGCCACCCCCGUGAUCAUGAGCAGGAGCCCCACAGAUGUAAAGAACAGAAACUCUCCAAGGUCAAACCUGAAGUUUCGCUUCGACAAGCUCAGCCACGGCAGCUCCAGCACGAGCCACUAGCAGGAAG